UUUAUUUACACAUAAUAGAUGGUCUUUUCCCUUUAUUACAUGAAAUUGUGUAUGAUCAUGUAUAGAAGAAUAUAAACAAUAAAGGUAUCUUGGGAGUUGAGUGCAUAAACAUGGAAAAGUUUGUAUAUAAUGUAUUAGAAUAAUGCUGAUUGAGAACGUAGUACAUAUUAAGCAGCAGAAUGUCAUCUUUAGCAUUGUUGAUGCUCAUAAUUGAGUGUCGCCUACUUUAUAUAGUAUCUUAUGAUUGUGAAAACCCUGACUUGCCAGAGGAAAACGGAUUGUAUGUUAUUAAAAAUGUCGAGACAGACAUUAAUAAUGAUGACCAUGUUUUUGCCACAAUGCCACCAGGAUUCUCUAUAAGACAAUCAACAAUAUAUAAUUCUGGUCUAGGUGUAUUCGCAGAGACAACUAUUCCAAAAGACACAAGAUUAGGUCCAUACGAUGGUGUUUUAUACAAAACACAGAUUCCUGAUAUAAGUUGGGCUUACACUUGGAGCGUAAAAUACGAGUCUGGAGAACGGGUAAAACACUAUGUUGAUGCUUCUCCUAAAACUCACUCCAGCUGGAUAAGAUAUGUUAACUGUGCCAAUACAGUGGAGGACGAAAAUCUUUACCUUCUCCAGUACAAUUAUGAGAUUUAUUAUGUGACUUAUGAAUGUAUCAGACCUGGAACGGAGCUACUUGUAUGGUAUGGGGAUAGUUAUGGUGAACACUUAGGACUAUACAGAACAGAGGAAGAUUAUCAAAGACGAUUUAAUGAGCCUGAUAUAAGACAAGUCUUUGUAUCGACAAUUGCAAAAGUUCCCCCGCAGCCACACACCUCAAAAUGCUUCAAAUUUUAUAACAUGUGUCCAUUUAGAAACCCACCAGGAUCUACAGGGAAACACACAAAGAUGUGUCUGCCGGGAAAAACUUUUGACGUCUGUAGAUACACGUUGUGUGAGAAGAAUCCAUGUACACAUAUAGUUGACUGCAGACCAUGUGCAGGAUACUGUUUUCACGAUGGAAGGUAUAUACAACCAAACCACGAAUUUUUCAAAGCGGAUAACGUUAACUUUUGUCUAUGCACAGAUGAUGGAUUUUUAAAAUGUACAAUUCAUCACAGUUCUUAUGAAGAUAUGUGUGUUUACUAGAAUCUACACAGUAGAAGCAGAUUAUUUAAAAAGAUAGAUAUCCAAUUAUAGCAACAUUGAAAAAAAAACACGACGAAUCAUGCACAUCGUAGCAGUUACAUAUUGAACGUUGUUUUUGUAAUAUAAAACGAAAUACAAGAUUGCAAAGAUGUUGUUCACCUGUCACCUAUUUAAUUUGGAAAUAUCUCAAUGGUCAGUUUAGGAAGAAAUAAAUUUGUUCAGAUAGUGAUAAAGUUCCAUGAAGAUUUAACAUGACGAAUAAUUGUGAUAUGCAAUGCAAUGUAAACUAACAAAAAAAUAUUUUCUGAAUUUGAUAAUGAAAUAAUGUAAUGCAACGUAAAACUAACAUUUUUA